CUCUUUGCCCUUGGGGGCAAUAAAGGUGAAACCGAGCAGCUCCAUUUUAUCCUGAGAGGAAAAUAAAACAAAACCUCAAAAGAAGAAAUCAAACUUCAGAAAUACAUUGGAGUACAUAUUCAAGGAGCUGGAACACAAAGUCAUCACUCUGAUAAAGAAUGAGUUGAAGAAGUUUAUGAAGCUUCUAAGACCAGAUUACCCAGCAUGCACUGAGAUGGAGAUGGAGGAAGAGGAGGGUCUACACAAUGUCAGAGAGGGAGUGCUAAAGAUUACACUGCAUGUUUUGAAGAUCAUGAACCACACAGAUCUUGCUAACACACUGCACAACAAACUCGCCUCUGUAUAUCAGACAAAGUUGAAAUCCAUCUUGAGGAAGAAGUUUAAAAGAAUUAAUGAAGGAAUCUCACAGCAUGGAAGCUCAGCACUUCUGAACGAGAUCUACACAGAGCUUUACAUCACAGAGGGUUGUAGUGGAGACAUCAAUAAUGAACAUGAGGUCAGACAGAUUGAGACAGCAUCCAGGAGAUCAACAACUCAGGAAAGAGCCAUUAAAUAUAAUGACCUCUUUAAAGACAAGUUGAUCAGUACUGUGCUGACUAAAGGAAUAGCAGGCAUUGGAAAAACAGUCUCUGUGCAAAAUUUCAUUCUGGGCUGGGCUGAAGGAAAAGCAAAUCAGGACGUCUUCUUCAUGUUUCCACUUCCCUUUAGAGAGCUGAAUCUGAUGAAGCAGGAAGGUCUCAGUCUGAUGAAUCUUAUUCAUCACUUUUUCCAAGAAAUAAGAAAAUUAGAAUUCAUAGACAGUGACUCGUACAAAAUCUUGUUCAUCUUUGAUGGUCUGGAUGAGUGUCGACUUCCUCUAAAUUUCCAGAAGAAUGAGAUAUUGUGUGAUGUGACAGAGCCAGCCUCAGUGGAUGUGCUGCUGACGAACCUCAUCAAGGGGAAUCUGCUUCCCUCUGCUCUCCUCUGGAUAACCACAAGACCAGGAGCAGCCAAUCAGAUCCCUCCUGAGUGUGUAGACCAGGUAACAGAGAUACGAGGCUUCAGUGAUCCUCAGAAAGAGGAGUACUUCAGGAAGAGGAUCAGUGAUCAGAGCCUGGCCGAUAACAUCAUCACACAUCUGAAGUCUUCAAGAAGCCUCUACAUCAUGUGCCACAUCCCAGUCUUCUGCUGGAUCUCAGCCACUGUUCUAGAGAGAAUGUUGGGUGAAGCAGAGAGUAGAGAGAUCCCCAAGACUCUGACUCAAAUGUUCACACAUUUCCUGAUCUUUCAGAUCAAACACAAGGGUCAAAAGUACCAUCAGAAAUGUGACCCUGAUCCUCAGCAGACCAGAAAGAGUAUCAAGGAACUGGGAAAACUGGCUUUCCACCAGCUGGAGAAAGGAAACCUGAUCUUCUAUGAGGAAGAGAGUGUGGCAUUGAUGUCAGAGAAGUGUCAGUGUAAUCAGGAGUGUGUACACAGAUCUUCAGAGAGGAGUUUGGGCUUCACCUGUGGAAGGUGUUCAGCUUUGUACAUCUGAGUGUUCAGGAGUUUCUGGCUGCUUUAUAUGCAUUUUUCUGCUUUGGAUUCAGAAAGAUAAAUGUGCUAGUGGAGCAACACACUGGACAUUUUAAUUGCUUCAGAAAUCCAACUAUGUCUGAUUUCCUAAUGUCAGCAGUGGAAAAGGCCUUACAGAUCUGCAUUGGUGUAAUCUGACAGAGGAAAGCUGUAGACUUCUGUUCUCGGUUCUCAGCUCAAACUCCUCCAGUCUGAGGGAAAUGGACCUGAGUAACAAUAAACUGCAGGAUUCAGGAGUGAAGCUGCUCUCUGAUGGACUGAAGAAUCCACACUGCAAACUGGAGAUACUAGAGUAAGAUCAAAACACACACACACUGGGUUCAUGUCAUGUAAACUUAAGUUCUGUCAUCUUUACUUUUGUGUAUUUGUACUUUGAUUAGGCUUAGGCUUAGGUGGGCAAAUGUGGACAAAGUCUCCCCUCCAAACACAAUUUAGGGGAAAUAAUAAUGGAGUAAAUAAUCCACUUUGGUCUAUUUCAUGUGACUGUGUCCAUAUGUGUCCUGAUGACAUAUACCAUACACACACCGGAACUGUAUUAAAGAUUAUAGGAUUAGUUAAGUUCUAAUUUAUGUAUGAAGCUUGUCACUCCAGUGACAACCUCGAAUAUGUAACCUCAUGGGACCAUUCCCCCCAGUAAAAGGCAAAAUCUACACUACUGAUGAAACUCUGCUAAAAGUGGGGAGUAAUACAAAAACUCACCACAGGCUACCACCCACAGACAAAUCUAAUGGAAACGGUAAGCUGAAGGUCAAGAUCUCUUCAUAUGUAGGAGACCAGCAUAACACCCGGCUUCAGUGGCUCUCUGAGUUCAGGUUUGCCGUCAACACAGCCUAAUAUGAGAUUACAGCAAGAACACCUGCAGAGCUAAUGACUACAGAGUUCUAAAAGGACCAAUGAAAUGGUUAGUACAUUGAUUGCUAAUGGCAUCUAAGCUGCCUAGGAUGGCCUAGCAUCAAUGCUUGCCUUGUUUCAGAACUUGCAGGACUUAAAAGAUCUGCUGCUAAUGUGUUGGUGCCAGAUACCACAACACACCUUCAAAGGACUUCAGGAGUCUACUGUAUGCCUCUCAAUGGUUUAGAGCCUUUCUAGUGACACAAAGGGGACCUACACAAUAUUCGGUUGGUUUAAUGUUAUGGCUGAUAAGUGUGUAGAAUUAUUUUAUUUGCUAAAAUGCACAAUAUGUGCAGUGUUGGUUGAAGGACCAUUAAAACAGAAACUCUGUAAGAGAAACACACUGACAUUUCUGUUACAUGUUACACUUUAGGUGUAUUAUGGCUGUUUGUGUGUUUGAGAUCAGUGUUUUGAUAAUGUUCAGUGUAUUGUUCAUAAUUUGUCUUCCAGGCUGAGUUCAUGUAAUCUGACAGAGGAAAGCUGUAGAGUUCUGUCCUCAGUUCUCAGCUCAAACUCCUCCAGUCUGAGAGAACCGUGUUUAGACCACCAGGGCCCUACACCGAUUUUCUUAGAGAAUUCACAGAUUUCACAUUUUCUUUCUGACCUAUUGAUUAACUUUGAUAAAGCAUUAAUUGUAGGAGAUUUUAACAUUCAUGUUGACGACACAAAUGAUGCGCUAGGACUCACAUUCAUGGACUUACUAAACUCACUUGGGCUUAAACAAAACGUC